AUGAGAGGAGGCCGGGGAGGAUUUGUGGAGUCUGAUUUAGACACUUACGAUGGCUUGAAUGAUGCUUUCAAUACUGAAGAAGCUGUUGUUGCCAGAGGCAGAGGUGUCAGAGGCGCAGGGAUAAGCUUUGGUCGGGGCAGAGGUCGAGGAAUGAACCGCACUGGUUUUGACAGCUGGGAUAAUGAACAAGAGGAUAACACUGUGAUCGAAGGACAAGACCAAAGCCUGGUAAGUUGAUAUAAAAGAAAUUAAAAUUAUUUAAGAUGACUUAUUCUUAAUGAAAUUUUAGUCUUUCGUUCAUGAAAUCUAAAAUUUUAUUUCCCACUUGACAGUGAUUAGGGGCAAUGAAAAUGAAAUCAUUUUAUAUUUUUGCAAAAACUAGAAAAAGCAUCUAACAUAAGGUCAUGUGUGUUGAAAACAUUAGGUCAACAUAUUCAUUCUGUACAUUCAGUUAAAUGUUGGUUUCAGUAAACUUGUAGGCAGGUCUGCUAAACCUUACUAAGUUAUGUAACUUAUUCUAGUACUGGAUAUUUAAAUAUACAUUAAACACACUUGUACGGGCACAAGAGAAGAUUUUGGUUCUUUCCAGCUUGUUUGUUUGAUUCAUCGCAAGUGCUUAUGUAAACAUGGAAUGUGAAAUGGAUUUAGAGCAAUCAAAGUAAAGCAAAUAGAACGAGGCCGAAAAAAUAUGCAGUCAAAUACCAAGUGCAUGAUUUAUUAACAAGAAAAGGAAUCCUAUCAUUUGAAUCCAAAGUUCUAAAGGAGAAGAUACUGGAGUCCUAAUAAGUAAUUGUGAAGCAGACAUUGGGAAAACAGAAAGUAUCACUCCACUAAGCCCCAUCUAUCAAAUGAAGAAGUUUGUUGCUAUGAUCAAAUGUAAAAGCCGGAAAGAACCAAAGUCUUCUCUUGUGCCCGUACAAAAACUGGGGUUAUACUUCUUAUAAUAGCUGAUCGCACUUCUGUUUUACGUUUGUUUUUAUCUCAGGUUCAGUUGAUCCACGACUCAUUUUCAAUGUUGAUAAUUAAAAUACACCUCAUCUUUUUAUAAUGUUUAUAACAAUGGUAAUUCCAUCCACCCCAAAAUCAACGUGAUAUUUUAAGCAAACUGACUUCGAGAACCACAGUUUUUCUAUUUUAAAAUUGACCCCCAAAAAAUAUAAAAAAGCAGGACUUUGAUUUAGAUUUCUUUGAAAAGGUACAAUAAACAGACAUCUGUUGCCAGUCUGUUAACUACUAUCUAAAGUCAACAGCUUUGAGCAGGCAUGACUCAACAAACAUAAACCAUCACUCCUCUGUUUCUCAUAGAUAUCAAUAACUCAGUUUCAAAAUACCAAGGCUGAAGAUUUUAAGACUUGUAGCCUGUGUUGGAUGAAUAAGUUAGAGCACCUGUACUUUUUGAGUCUCGGGACUCCCGAUGUAUUGUUGCUCGUCAUAAGGGUACUAUCUUACAACCUGGACAGUAGACACUUUGUGUCUUAAUCUUGAUAUGCCAAUCACCCAUUCCUGAUAUAAAUUAUUAAUUUUUAGUAUGGGGGGGGGGGGGGGGGUUAUUUAAGAAAAGAUAUGUUUUUUUUUUUGUCCAAAACAAAGGAAAAUUUUUUUAAAUCAUGGAUACUCUAAAGCUGUAGUGUUGGAUGUGUUAACAAAUAUUGCCAUGCCGUUGGGGGCGGGGGUGGGGGGAGCUAAUUAAGACAAGAUAUGAUUCUUUUAUUGAUCCAAACAAAUGGAAAUAUUUUUUGAUUACGUUGUACAUUUUCAGCACAUAAAUAGAACUAUUUGAACACAAAACAUCUACAUUAAAUUAUUUCACUAGUGAAAAAAACAGCCAUUCAGUGAAUUCAUUGGGAGCACGCUGCUAAAUUCGUACAGAUAGUGGAACAAAAGAAUUUUUAUAUAAUAAUAAUAAUAAGUGGUCUUAUAUAGCGCGGUACCCCGGCCUAGGGCUGGGCUCACCGCGCUUUCAGUCCUGGCCCUUGUUCAAGAUGAAAUUAUUUACAUAGCACUGCGUUCAUUAGUUCUUCAUUAAUACCCAUUGCGGACUUUUGGAAAAAUUCAAAUAGGAGCACACUUAUAAUGAAACAAAAUUAAUGUUUAAAUGGAUAGUUUUAGAAUGAAAUAAAACAGGAUCUUUUUUGCUCAAACAUAAUUUUCUAACCCGUUAUUUCUACCCUCCCUUAUUUAAAAUGUUUCUUCCUGGUGUUAUCAAAGGACAAAGUAUAAACAUGAAUUUACCAUUGAAUCUAACUUGUCUAGGAUCUGAUUGAAGCUGCCAAGCCCUCUGCUGGGCUGGAGAGGCCAAGAGGAGCUGCCAGGAUACCAGAUGAAGAUGAACCAGACGCCAAGCGAGCAAAGUUUGCUACAGCCCCUGGCAUUGACAAUGACGAUAGGAUUGGUAAGAAGGUAAGUGACUUGAGUGGUUUAGGGCUCAUUAAAACCUGGCGCUCAAUAAUCUUUUGUUUUUUCUCGUAUAACAGAUGUUUCACUAUUUGAAUGUGUACAUUUAUAUAAUGUCUUUGUACUAUUUCAAUAAAGUUGCUAUACUGCUAGUUGACUGUUAAUAAUUAAAGAUAAAUUACUUAUAAUUAAAUAGUGUCUUGUUGUACAAUUGUGAAAUAUUUAAUUUUGUAAUACAUUUUCAGCCAUAUCUACCCUAUCCUCGAGAUCCAUAUGGGGAUCCUUAUGGUGACCCCUAUCUUCGAUAUGACCCUUACUACCGGGAUCCUUACUUAGAUCCUCCUCUGGCCAAAUAUGGAUAUGACAGAUUAGGAUAUGAUAGGUGAGAGCUCUUUUCCAUUCAUAAAAUUUAACCGCUUAUUUAAAAAGGAUAAAAAUUGUCAAAUUCAAGUAUUUCAUGCAAUAGCUGCACCUAAAUAAUUGAACAAAAUAUUUCCUCACACUUUUUGCCUUAACCGAAAUGUUGCCAGCUGAGCCAACAGAGACAAAUAACUAUUUGAUUUUUCCUGUUCAUGUAGAUUUCAUUGUAUUGUUUACCGUCCAUCAAAUUUAGAUUUGCCGGUCUACCUUCGAGAUUCGACCCACUGUUGGAAAGAAAGCCAUUUGUCCCUGCAGAAAGUAUUGAUUAUGGGCACGGUGGUGUCGACAAAGAAAAGAAAUGUAUGUGAAACGAUGUGCUUGUAUGUUUGAAUUAAACUACUAUAAAAGUGUAGUUGUAAAUAUAAUGAUUAAGUCUAGAAAUUCUGUUUGGAGCUAAGGGCAGCGCUAGGUGAACAACACCAAUCAAUAUUUACAAGUAAUCGUAACCCUCAUGACUAUCGGUAGAAGUUUAACCAUUUUAUUUUUUAAAUACACUGGCCAAGACACUGGGUCUCUUUAGGGCCUCCCAUAAAUUAUUGAGGAUGCUGGCUGCACAUAAGAGAUGCACAGCUGGCAGUUAUUGAGCUGUUAUAAUAAAUAACUUGUUUUUUGUUUGUUUUUUUUUUUUGUUUUUUUUUUUUCAUUCAUGGUAGAGAAUUAAAACAAAAAUGUUUUUGACACCACAGCAUACCAGCCUGCUGAGGUUUUAGAUUAUUGAAAUGGCCAAUCCAGUGAACCCAAGUCCUCCUUUAUUGAGAUGUUAUAAUAAAUUACUUGUUUUUUGUUUUUUUUUUUUUUUUGUUUUUUUUUUUUCAUACAUGGUAGAGAAUUAAAACAAAAAUGUUCUUGACACCACAGCAUACCAGCCUGCUGAGGUUAUAGAUUAUGGACAUGGACAAUCCAGUGAACCCAAGUCCUCCGACGCUCCUCGGUUGGCUUUGGACCGGGACAGGGCCACCUUGGACACAGCCAGGGGAUACAGUGACACACUUAGAGGUAGCAUUAUUAACAAGUAUUGUUUUUGA